UCCACACUCAAUCAAACACUUGAUGGUUGAUACCUCCUGAUACUACUCAAAUUUCAGAUUUUUUUUUUCCAGCUUUUUUCUUCCUGCUAUUCCGUCUAGGUAAUUACUGAAAGCUUCUCCAUCAAUUAUUGAUGCUGUUCAUGUUGUAAUUUACGUGCUUCAUUUUGGGCCGCCACCGAUUUCAGCUAUACCCCACAUUUUCAACGCCAUUUUCAUACCCCUAAGCCGCCAAGUGAUGGGCUGUUCAACUGGAAUCGGAGUGUCCCAUUUCCUGUAUUUGCAGAAGAAAUCUGUUUUCAGAAUUCCGAGUUUGGAUGUCAUUCGUCGACCAAACGCUCAAGGGUUAUUCUCUUCCAGCUCCAUAAUAAAAAGCGGGCCUUGUUUGUACUACCACCACAGUGAGAAAAGGCGGCUGCCAACUGUUGUCUUGGUUAGCUUGUCGAAUCCGGGUGGACCCGAACCAGAAUCUGCUGCAACCCUCACUACCAUACCCGAACAAACUAGUAACACUAUCCAGGAGGGAGAUUUCUCGGUUGUGAAGAGUAAAGAGAAUAACGGUGCUACUAGGGAGAAUGGAAAUGGUGGAUAUGGGAUUUCUGUUGAUGGUUCUGGUGGCGGCGGAAAUGGGAAGUUUUCUGGCGGCGGCGGUGGCGGCGGUGGGAGUGAUGAUGACGGAAAUGAUUACGAGGAAGAAGAGUUUGGGCCACUACUCAAAUUCGAUGAAGUUAUGAGAGAAACUGAAGCUCGUGGAGCAAAUCUUCCUGCAGAUAUGCUAGAGGCGGCCAAGAACUUUGGGCUUCGGAAAUUGCUGCUACUUAGAUAUUUGGACCUUCAGAGUUCGGCAGGGCUCUUAGGAUUUUUCAUGAGAACGUUCCCAAUGCUUCGCAAUCGAAUGUUGGCUGAUCCUUCGUUUCUUUUCAAGAUUGGAACAGAGAUUGUUAUUGAUUCUUGUUGUGCAACUUUUGCGGAAGUUCAAAAAAGGGGUAAAGACUUCUGGGCAGAAUUUGAAUUAUAUGCAGCAGAUCUUUUGGUUGGAGUUGUUGUCAAUGUGGCUUUAGUUGGCAUGCUAGCGCCUUAUGCACGCAUUGGACAGUCUUCAGCAUCUCAGGGUGUUUUUGGACGUAUGUUGAGAGCUUAUGGUGCUCUUCCUAGCAGCGUCUUUGAAGCACAGCGGCCUGGUUGUCAGUUUUCCAUAAAUCAGAGAGUUGCUACUUACUUUUUUAAGGGUAUACUGUAUGGACUGGUUGGGUUUGGAUGUGGCAUUGUUGGUCAAGGAAUUGCUAAUAUGAUCAUGACUGCCAAACGGAACAUAAAGAAGUCAGAAGAGGAUGUACCUGUUCCACCUUUGCUGAAGAGUGCCGCACUCUGGGGUAAGCCUUGGCUAAUUGAUAUUGAACUUGCUUCUAGCAUUUGUGCUCAUAAUCAAUCUGUUUUUUUGAAACAUAAACACUAUAUUUGUCUAGAUUGGUAUGGACAACCAAAACCCCAAGUGAAAUCCCCACAUAACAAUCUCAAUUUGACUUACAUUUCUUGUCUACCCGGCCAAGCUAUGGCUAAGUGUGAUUAGUUUCUGGGUUAAUUUGCAUCCUUUGAUGUUGGAUAUGUACGUGAACAUGGCAAAUGAUGCUUUCAAAGUCUGCUUUUUGAAACCUUUCAAUGGUACCCUAUGCACAAUUGUGACCAUAUAUAUAGUUGCCUAGUACAUAGGGCUCUUUUUCAUUGUUUUUCUUGAACUUUUCUCAUUGGUGUGAAGCCUUAAACGGUUGCCAUUACUUUGUGCUUUGAUCACUUUCAAGCUGGCCUAGUCAAGUCGACAUUUUAAAUGUCCUUCUCUGCAGGUGUAUUCCUUGCAGUUUCUUCAAACACCCGCUAUCAAAUCAUCAACGGUUUGGAACGCUUGGUAGAAGCAUCUCCAAUGGCUAAGCAGUUUCCACCAGUUGCAAUGGCAUUCACGGUUGGAGUAAGAUUUGGUAAUAAUGUUUAUGGAGGAAUGCAGUUUGUUGACUGGGCAAGGUGGAGUGGGGUACAAUAAGUGAAGUGGAAUUAUGAUUAUAAUUACUCAGCAAUUUAGGAACAAAGUUCAAAUGUCUGUAACCUUAACAUUCUGCAAGAAGCUAAAAUUGGCUUCAGAAUAGUAGAAUCUGUCUGAUUCUACUUCACAACUUGGCAUAAUGUCAAGUGAUUUUGCUGAAUUUGGUGUCCGAUGUUCGGUGAUGUCUCGAAUAUGAAUCUGAUGUUUAAGAAAAUUGGGUUCCAUUAAUUGUCAUGGAGUGGCACCAUUAUGGUUUUCGUGGCAACUUGCAGGGCUUGACCUCGAUCUCUCAGUGGAAUGCAUAGAUAAAGUUUGUCAAUUUGAGGAUUUGCAAGUUUAUCACUUGUAAGUUGUAACAUUACAUGAGGAAAAUGAGUGUAUACAUCUCUGCUUUUCAGUGAGGUUACUGAAACGGAAUAGGACAAAGAGUCAUAUUGUUCAUCUUUUCGACAAUAUUCCAAAAUGCCAAUACAUUGGCCAGCCUGAAAGAGCAGAGUGAGGCUUGGAAGAGUAAUAAAAGCAAGAAGUCGGUCUUUAAUGGAGACCGUGCCUUCGUUUCAGUCCUCGUUUGGGGGCUACUAACUAGACAAGGGUCUACAGUUGCAGGAAAGAAUAUGACUCUGCCUCCAGAGUAGACCCUCUACAGUUGCAGAACUUGCAGGAGUAGAUGCAGGCAACAACAUUAAAAAGUCUCAGAAAUUUUGCCCAAAUUAGGUAUUGAGUCCAAUUAUGAAGCAUGGAAUACAAAAGAUAUAAAUUCUUU